AUGGCACUAGAUCCCAAAAACUAUAGGCAACUGGUAGAUACAACUGUGGAGAUUGCAAACAAAUUUGGUGCUGCUGAUAUAAUAGGAAGAUUAUUUGAGGAUCUUAAAUAUGAGAGUGAACCAUAUAGGCAGAUGGUGAUGGAGACAAUUGGGAAAGUCCUUACGAACUUGGGUGUUUCUGAUAUUAAUGAUCGUUUGGAAGAGGAACUUAUGGAUGGAAGCUUAUAUGCUUUACAAGAGCAGACCAGUGAUGAAGAUAACGUUAUGCUCAAUGGGUUUGAGGAGCCUGAUAUUGCUAUGGUCCCUGACAUUCAUGCAGCACCUGAUGAGAUUCCUCAGAUUCAGGGUGAGGCAGUGGUGGCACCAUUACGGAGAUCCAUUAGGGAGAGAAAGUCAGCUAUACCAUCUAUCUAUGAGGUCUAUCUAGGAGAACAUAACUCUGACAUUGGUUGUGUGGUUGAUGCAAUUACUUAUUCGGGCGUUGUCUCUAGUCCUCAAUUAGAUUUGUAG